GCAGGGCGCCCGGCGCUCCAGCGUCCCCUCGCAGCCAGGGGCCAGCCCGCGCGCCGAGCGCCACGAGCUCGAGGCCGGCUGGCUGGCCGAGGAGGUGCAGGCCUUGAACGCGGAGCUGGAGGACGUCAGGCGGCAGCUGGAGACCGAGCGGCACGGGCGCGGGCCGGAGUGCGACCGGCCUUCGGAGGUGCAGGCCCCGAGUGCGGAGCCUCGGGCUGCCACCGUGCAGCUCGACGCCGAGCGCCACGAGCUGGAGGCUGGCCAGCUGGCGGAGGUGCAGGGCCGGAGUGCGCAGCCACAGGUUGCGAAGCAGCAGGUCGUCGCCGAGAGCGACUGGCUGGAGGCCAGCCGCUUGGCGGAAUUGCAGGCCCUGCAUGCGGAACUCCAGGAAGCAAGACGCCAGAUCGACGCCGAGCGACACAAGCAGGAACUGGAGGCCAGCCAACUGGCGGAGCAGGUGCAGGCCUUGAGUUCGGAGCUACAGGCUGCCAAGCAGCAGGUCGUCGCCGAGUGCCACGAGCGUCGUGAGCUCGAGGCUCGUCAGUUGACAGACGCGCAGGCCCUGCAUGCGGAACUCCAGGCCGCAAAAUGCCAGACCGACGCCGUGCGACACGAGCAGGAACUGGAGGCCAGCCAGCUGGCAGAGCAGGUGCAGGCCUUGAAUUCGGAGCUAGAAGCUGCCAAGCUGCAGGUCGACGCCGAGUGUCACGAGCGUCGCGAGCUCGAGGCUGGCCGGCUGACAGACGCGCAGGCCCUGCAUGCGGAACUCCAGGAAGCAAGAAGCCAGAUCGACGCCGAGCGACACGAGCAGGAACUGGAGGCCAGCCAACUGGCGGAGCAGGUGCAGGCUUUGAGUGCGGAGCUACAGGCUGCCAAGCAGCAGGUCGACGCCGAGUGCCACGAGCGUCGUGAGCUCGAGGCUGGCCGGCUGACAGACGCGCAGGCCCUGCAUGCGGAACUCCAGGCCGCAAAAUGCCCUGCAUGCGGAACUCCAGGCCGCAAGAAGUCAGACCGACGCCGAGCGACACGAGCAGGAAUUGGAGGCCAGCCGGCUGUCGGAGCUGGUGCAGGCCUUGAGCUCGGAGCUACAGGCUGCCAAGCAGCAGGUCGAUGCCGAGUGUCACGAGCGUCGCGAGCUCGAGGCUGGCCUGCUGACAGACGCGCAGGCCCUGCAUGCAGAACUCCAGGCCGCAAGAAGCCAGACCGACGCCGAGCGACACGAGCAGGAACUGGAGGCCAGCCGGCUAGCGGAGCAGGUGCAGGCCUUGAGUGCGGAGCUACAGGCUACCAAGCUGCAGGUCGACGCCGAGCGCCACGAGCGUCGCGAGCUCGAGGCUGGCCAGCUGGCAGAGAAGCUCCGGGAUUGCAACCACCAUCAGGCCGACGUUGAGCGCCUCGAACUGGAGGCCAGCCAGCCGGCGAAGGCGCAGGCCCUGAGCUCGGAGCUCCAGGCCGCCAAGCUUCAGCUCGACGCCGAGCGCCACGAGCGCGAGCUCGAGACCAGCUGGCUGGCGGAGCACGCGCAGGCCCUGAGCUCGGAGCUCCGGGCCGCCAGGCGGCAUCUCGGCGCCGAGCGCCACGAGCGCGAGCUGGAGGCUGGCCGGCUGGCGGAGGCGCAGGCCCUGAACGCGGAGCUCCAGGCUGCCGAGUGGCAGUUGGGCGCCGGGCGCCGCGUCGGGUCGCAGGUGGCGGGCGCCUCCAGCGAGGUCGAGCCAGCCUUCUCCUCCGCUGGUGGGGCCGUCGGUGCACUGUGUGGCGGGCUGACGGGGUUGUCUUUUCUUCCUCUGCAUCACCAGCGGUGGCGAUGCUGCUAGAGGUGAAGAGCCAGACCCUCAAGAGCAGGGCGUUCGUCCAGGGGCUGCAGAGACAGCUGCUCUUGGACUGUCGUGGCCAGGAGGGAGUCGAGGCGGAGAGGGA